AUGGACGAAGCUAACUGCACCUUUCUCGUCCUCUCCAAGGCUGCGUCGUCGCCAGACGCCAUUGCCAGUGGCGCUUGGGUCAAGGAUGCUGAUGUCGCCAAGCUCUAUGUCAACGCCGAGAUUCGACAAGAAGCCUCCAACGGCGGCGACGUACCCAACAUGACUUCUGCAUCGACCGAGGCGGCAGGCGAAAGCGAUGUCGGCGCUGCACUGUCGGUUGCCGUCGCUGAACGCUUGCCCGAGACACCACAGUGCGAAAUGACAUAUCCACUACCGACAUCGUUGGCUCUGGCGAUCGAGACAUCAGUGCAACUUCCGUCAUUGCAUACGGAAGUUGCUCCGUUGCCGGAAUCGGGGCAGCUGACAAGCCCCGACGAGCGGCGCGUCGUGCGGCUUCUCGUUAAGAACAAAAGCCGAAAGUCAUCGAAUCGGCUCUCGGACGACGAGGUAGCGUAUUUGAGGCAGUGCAAAGCCGCGGUGACACCUUCGCGCUGGCACCAAUGGGAGACGAAUGCACUUCACGCCCGCACAUCGCUGCAAGGCGAAAAGAAGCGGCGAGCGUCCUCUAAUGCCUCGUCGUCGUCGGCAUCACUCGCGUUGCACGAAGACGACGUCGCGUCGCUGCUCACAUCGCCGCGGUACGGCAAGAGUGCCCACUCGGUUGUCACCGAGUCGGAGCAAGCCAGUCUCUGUUGCGAGCCCGUGGACAGCGUGGAUGCCGAGGUGUAUGCACCGUUGAUCAACGCCGCGCCCCAUCAAUGUCGCCGGCAAAGUGCGUGCGACGACCAAGGUCGGUCGUGCAUGGAGCCUGCGUGCCUCUGGGCGCGGUACAUGCUCGAUGUAUGCAUUCAGCAACUCCAGCACACUGUGAGCGUUGGUCGCACGAUCGUUAGUUCUCCAGACGACGCCAGCAGCGCGAUUGCACGCAUCUCCAAGUCGGCCCAAGAGAUUGUGAUUUUGCACCAAACAAACCCGUACUUUGACGAUGGGUUUCGAGCCGACGCGUCGACGUCGCGGCCGUGGCUCGGCUCCACCGAGUCCUAA